AUGCCAUCCCCUGUGUUGCUGUGCUGCAGUGAGGAUGACGUGGAGGAUAUUCAAAAGGAGAUAGCACUGCUGGCAGAGUGCAGAGCGCCCAACAUCACCAGGUACUACGGCAGCAGUGUACACAACACCAAGCUAUGGAUCGUCAUGGAGUUCAUGGCGGGCGGCAGCGUUGCCGAUCUGUUGCAAGAGGCUCCUCUGGACGAGGCAUCUAUAGCAUACAUCCUGCACGACCUGCUGCAGGCUCUGGAGUAUCUGCACUCGGAGAAGAAGAUUCACCGCGACAUCAAAGCGGCCAACAUCCUGUUGAACGAGGAUGGAGAUGUGAAGGUGGCUGAUUUUGGUGUGUCCGCCAAGCUCACCAAAACCAUCUCCAAGCGAAAGACGUUUGUGGGAACGCCUUUCUGGAUGGCGCCAGAGGUCAUUCAGAACACCGAUGGGUACGACGAGAAGGCGGACAUCUGGUCGCUGGGCAUCACAGCCAUAGAGAUGGCCAAGGGGGAGCCGCCCUUCGCGGAUCUGCACCCCAUGCGCGCACUCUUCCUCAUUCCCAAGGACCCUCCGCCGCAGUUGGACGAUCACUUCUCGAAGCCCUUCAAGGAAUUUGUCAAUCUGUGCCUUAACAAGACAGCCAGAGAGAGGCCCAGCGCCAAGGAGCUGCUGAAGCACCGGUUUGUCAAGUAUGCGCGCAAGACACCGAGGAUCAUCGACCGCGUGAGGGAGAGGGUGGAGAGUGCGGGGGAGCGCAUUGUAUCGCCGCGCAUGAAGCCAGACGACCCUGAAGACGGCCCUCCCCAAUCCGCCGCUGCUGCUGCCGCCGCUGCUGCUGCUGCUGCCGCUGCCGCCAGCAGUGCCCCCAGGCACUCGCGCAUGGCGAGUUGGGACUUUGGCACGGCUACAG